AUGGCAUUGGGGGGAGGAUACAAUCUCAUCUCAAUAGCAAAUUCAAGAGUAAUCAAAGAGGUUCGUGAGGAAUUGAGUGCAUAUUGGCGUGUACUUGAAACUAUCUUGUUCUUGAGGUUCUUCAUAUUUCAAUGCGAGAUAGUCUACAAGCUCCAGCUCAUUGGAAAUAAUACAUCAUUAUUGCUUUACGGGUUCUCAUGGGUGGUGUUAGAUGGAAUUGUGAUGAUAUACGCUCUAGUUCAUAGGAUCAAGGAUUGUCUAUUAGCCUGA